AGCGGUCGCUUUCGUAUAAAAUAUAAUUAUUUCCAUAUACAAUAAUUGGAAUUAUCAUUAUUUACAUAUAAAUAAUUAUUAGCUUUAUGCAAUGUUCAUAAUUCUACUCCUCGUGAUAUUCUCUUGCGUAUACUAUAUGCACUUCCGUCAUUUGAGGAAACCGCUGUAUGAGCUAUCGAGGAAUUUGCCGGAUAUAGGAUGUCUUCCUGUGCUUGGACACACCCAUUGGUUCAUAGGCGGACCAGAAAAGAUUCUGAGCAACAUACAGCAACUGGCUCAAAUGGUUGAGAAAAACGGUGGAGUCAGCAAGGUUUGGAUUGGCCCGUCACUUUAUGUUGUUACGUUGGAUCCCAACGAUGUUCAGAAGAUCCUGGAAAACUGUUUACAAAAGGACGCGUCAUACAAAUUUUUGCAGACUUGGCUGGGCAAUGGACUUUUCGUAGCGCCAGUGGACUUAUGGAAGGCUCACCGUAGACUGCUGCUUCCGGUGUUCAACAACAAGAUAGUGGAAGACUACAUCUACGUGUUCGGAGCACAGGCUGAUGUGCUGGUGAAGAGGCUGGGCGAGAAUGUGGGGAGGGCGGAGUUCGAUGUGCACAAAUACAUCACAUCCUGCAUGCUGGAUAUUGUCUUCGAGACUGCAAUGGGCGAGAGGAUGGACGUCCAACACAACCCGGAGACGCCGUACCUGCGCGCGCGCAACGUCGUCAUGUCAAUCAUCAGCAUGCGCCUGUUCAAGGCCUGGAUGCAGCCCGACGCACUCUUCAAGCUGACACCCUACUACAAACUACAGAAGGAGAGCAUUGAUCUCACUCAUAAGUUCACGGACGAGGUAAUUAAACGAAAGAGGAAACUUUUCGCAGCAUAUAAGGGCCACAUUCAAGAUGGUCCGCGUGACAUCCUCGACCUGCUACUAGAGCGAGACAACAAGUUCACGGACGAGCAACUCCGAGAACACAUCGACUCUAUCACCAUAGCCGGCAACGAUACCACCGCUCUCGUCAUCUCCUACGCUCUGAUGUUGCUUGGCAGCCACCAGCAGGAACAGGAGAAUGUUUAUCAGGAACUCCGCAGUAUAUUUGGUGAUUCAAUGAGAUCUCCUACCAAGGAUGACAUAAACAAGAUGGAAUACCUGGACCGGGUACUGAAAGAGACCAUGAGGCUGUAUUCUGUCGUCCCGAUCAUUGCCAGAAAGACACAGAAGGAACUUAAGCUCUCUACUUGUACGGUGCCCGCCGGCGUUGGUUGCGCUGUGACGCCGUUUGUGAUGCACAGAUCUAAGAAGCUCUGGGGUCCAGACGCUGACGAGUUUAUACCAGACCGGUUUUUACCAGAAAACAGCGCAACGAGACACCCCUGCACAUUCAUACCGUUCAGCCAUGGCACUAGAAAUUGCAUAGGUCGUCAUUUUGGGAUGCUAGCAAUGAAGAGCAUACUAUCUGUUGUGCUGAGAAGUUAUAAGAUCCACGCGAAGCCCUGUAAGAGUUUGAAGAUUGAGAUUUUGCUCUUCCCCGUGGCUGGACAUUUAAUGACCAUAGAGAAACGAUGAUUUAUCUAAAAAUAAUUGAAUUAAUUUAAUAUUUAUGAUUAUCUUUAAAUAAAUUCCUAAAUUCG